AUGUUCACAGUCCUUGGGGCUUCGUGGGAUCCUAAGCCUGCUGCGGAGUACCUAGGUAGAGUCGUAAAGUCGGAGGCACUGAUAGCACUGGCACGUGACGAGCCUUGGCAACCUUGGAAGUCUCCUGGCGAUGGACAGUUCAGAUUUACGAAAGACAUCAUCCGUGCUGAGGAGAUUCCACCCUAUGCGAUUCUCUCACACACCUGGGGUGAUGAAGAGGUGGUCUUUGACGACGUGAAGUCGUCUGGUGUGCAAGAUAUCGCAACAGACAAGAAAGGCGGUUGGGACAAGAUCCGCUUCUGCGCACGACAGGCGAAGCUUCAUGGCUUAGAACACUUCUGGGUGGACACUUGCUGUAUCGACAAAGCAAACAAUACAGAGCUUACGGAAGCGAUCAACUCGAUGUUUCGCUGGUAUCAGAAUGCGAACAAGUGUUAUGUCUACCUUCCAGACGUCGAGGGCAAGUCUUCAAUGGAGGAAGGCAGACCGUCCUCGGCAUGGAAGGCAGCCUUCAGAGCAAGCAGAUGGUUCACUCGAGGUUGGACGCUCCAAGAACUUAUAGCUCCGCGUUCCGUCGAGUUCUUUUCUAGAGAUGGAACACGUCUGGGGGACAAGGAGUCGCUGGAACAGACCAUACAUGAAGUCACGAAACUGCCUCUUGAAGCUUUGUCAGGGAGAGAGAUGUCAAAGUUUGGAUUUGACGAACGUUUCUCGUGGGCACAAGAUCGUCAGACGACACGCGAAGAGGAUGGAGCCUACUGCCUGCUAGGUAUCCUCGGUUGCUCCCUACCACCGAUUUAUGGCGAAGGCAAAGAGAAGGCAAUGAAGCGACUUAAAAAAGAGGUCCAGGGAGAGGAGAGGCUUAUCAAGAUACGCAGCUGGCUUUCGGCGCCCGACCCAUCUAUCAAUUACCAAAAGGCGCACAAUCAGCGGCAGACUGGGACAGGGCUAUGGUUACUACAGCACGAAACUUUCUUGAAAUGGAAGGAAGGCGCAGCGUCGCGAUUAUGGCUCUAUGGGAUACCAGGAUGUGGAAAGACCAUCCUGAGCUCUACUGUUGUUGAGCAUCUGCAGCACCACUGCGGUGACGACAAACGUAAGGUGACGGUGUACUUCUACUUUGACUUCAAUGAUGCACAGAAGCAGAUUCCAGAGCUCAUGCUUCGCUCAUUGCUACACCAGCUCUUGCAGCAUACGACGACGGUACCCGACGCUGUCGACGCAUUAUUCUCGUCCUGCGGAGACGGACAGCAACAACCACCGCUGCAUAAACUUCUGACAGUGGCACCAGAGGUGAUGCUACAAUUUACGCAUGUAUACAUCGUUCUUGAUGCCCUCGAUGAGUGUACAGAGCGCGGAGAGUUGACGAAGAUGCUUGAAAAAGUGGCUGGAUGGAAGCUUGAAAAUACACAUCUCCUCAUGACGAGCCGGAAAGAGCGAGAUAUCGAAACAUCUUUGGAGACUUUCGUGGUACCAGAUGACAUGAUUGGUCUUCAAAGAGACGUAGUGGAUGCAGACAUAUUACAAUUCGUUCGACAAAAGCUGGGUGACGAUAAACGGCUGGCAAAAUGGAACAACAACGCCGAAGUCAGGCAAGAGAUCGAGACAGCACUGAUGCAAGGGGCACAAGGAAUGUUCCGAUGGGCUAUAUGUCAACUUGACGUGAUCGCAGAGUGUCGCAAUCUAGCGAUGUUACGGAAGUCGCUUGCUACCUUACCGAAAACGCUAGACCAGACAUACGACCGCAUUCUCACAGCCAUCAGCGAAGACGACCGCGUGUACACAAUUCGGAUUUUGCAAUGGCUCACGUUUUCUGCCAGGCCGCUCUCUCUUCGAGAGGUUGCCGAAGUUGCCGCUAUCGAUGUUGCGCGCGAGCCCGCGUUCGAUCAUGACGAAGUGCUAGUGGAUCCUCUGGAAGCGUUAAAAAUUUGCUCCAGUCUGGUCACCAUUGUAGUGAAAGAGUCGAUUUUCUUCGAGCCAGGCAUGCGGAUCGUCACCCUAGCACACUACUCGGUCCAAGAGUACCUUAUCUCAGAAAGGAUCAUACAAGGUCCGGCAAAGCAGUACAGCAUGAAAGAGAUCGAAUGUCACAAAGCAAUGACGAUAGGCUGCUUGUGGUACCUAAAUCGUUUCCAGCAACCGUUAACCGAUGAAGUCUACUACGCUUCAGCGCUCGCAGAGUACUCCGCACAAUCCUGGAGCGAUCAUCUCCAGAAGACAGGAGACGGGGAGGAAGAAAUGAGUCGACUGGCAAUGACUCUUUUGCUCACGAACGCCCCCGCAUUUGUCAACUCGAUCCGAAUUUACAAUCCGGAAACUGAGGAAUUUUACACAUUCCGAUCAAGUGAACAAAGAAUCGGAGCACCUCUUUACUACGCAUCAUUUCUUGGCCUAAUCUCGAUAACCAGACUGCUCUUGGGUCAAGACGUCGAUGUCAACGCGAAAGGUGGACUCCACGGUAGCGCGCUACGAGCAGCCUUGGGCGAAGGACACUUAGUAGUUGCUGAACUACUAGUCAAUGCGAAGGCCGACGUCGACGCUGAGGAUGAAGCUGGGGAAACUGCAUUAUAUGACGCUAUAUACAACGACGACGAGGCGAUGGCCAAGUUCCUGAUCGAUGCAGGCGCCGACAUCAACAAGCUAGUGGUAGGUCGCUAUGCAAUACAGGAUGCUUCAGAAAUGGGCAACGAGAUUCUGGUCACGAUGCUCAUAGAUGCAAAAGCGAAUGUCAGCGUUCGGGAUGAACAUGGCGACGAUGCACUCACAAUAGCAUUACAUGGACAUCACAAAGCAGUAGUCAAGCUACUGAUUGAUGCUAGCGCCAACGUCAAUACGCGAGACAAAGAUGGCCGUAGUGCACUACAAAUUGCUUCAAGCAACGGCGACGAGGAGGUAGUCAGGCUGUUGAUAAAGGUGGGCGCAGAUGUGAACGCUCCUGGUAACGAAUACUCCGGUCAUGCACUACUAGCUGCUGCAGAAGGUGGUCAUACAGCACUUGUUGAGUUGCUACUCGACGCAGGCGCUGAUGUGAACGCUCCUGGUAACAAAUUCUCCGGUCAUGCACUACUAGCUGCUGCAGAAGGUGGUCAUACAGCAAUGGUUGAGUUGCUACUCGACGCAGGCGCCGAUAUUGAUGCCCAGCAUGCAGAGUGGGGUAGUGCGCUACACGGUGCAGUCAGAUCAUCACAAGAAACGACAGCGGAAGUGUUACUUAGAAGGGGUGCUAGCGCUGCGUCGGACAUGCAGUCAAAAGGUGUUAUGAAUCACGCUAUCGACGAUUCAGAGUGUACACCUUCACUCGUCAGGUUAUUGCAACAGUACAGCGUUCCAUUGGACGCUAUCGACGCUGAAAACAUGACUCCUUUACAUUAUUUCAAAGUUCUGCUCAGGAUGGGUGCGAACGUGCCCCCAGGCAACGAAGAUCUUAUCGAUGCACUUAAUCACGCCAUGGGAAUUGGAAAUCCCGAAAUCCUGAUUGGGUUUCUCCAGAGUGAACAAGCAAAGGCAGCUACGCUGAUAACAUCGAAGGACAAGAAUGGACGAAAUGUGCUGCACCGUAUGUUCUGGGCAGAGUGGCACGAAAUUGAGACGGUUCAGUGGCUACUUGAUCACGGCGCAGACGGUUCAGAGUUGGAUAAUUUCGGAGUUUCUCCGCUAGCGCAGUAUCUCAAGAGCCAUAGCUCGACUCUCGAUGUUGAAAUAUGUCGGUCGCUCCUUGACACAAGAGAGGCUGCGUCCUUCGUCGGCCACGAGGGGCAAACCCUAGGGCACUUCUGCGCUAAAAGAUUCGAUUUCAGGCUCGCUAUGCUCGAAGUCUUCGACGAAGGCGGUGUUGACCUGACGAAAAGGGACUGCCGCGGAAGAACUGUAAUACACUAUGCCAUUCUGUACAACACUCUCACCGAACAGGUGUUGAGGUAUCUUGUAACAGCGAUUGGUAUCAAUCCAGAUGAACAAGAUCAUCAGGGCCGUACCGCCUUGCGAUACGCCGUCGAGAAGGCCGAUUCAGUUUGCGACCGCGACUCCUUGGACUUCAAACGAUUGCAAAAAAACAUAUCCUUGCUGUCAGAGUUGCGGGAAAGAGAAGGACCACCCUUGUUUGCCCAACCAGGUUCUUCAACCCACCUUCCCAAUACCUCUCUUCCACUCAACCCAAAUGGGAACCGAAUGCAAUAG